AUGAUCAGUAGGAAAGGGAUUGAGGUUGACCCAGAUAAGGUGAAGGCAAUCCAGGAGAUGCCAGCCCCGAGAACAGAAAAAGAGAUUAGAGGUUUCUUAGGAAAAUUACAGUACAUCAGUAGGUUCAUAGCUAGGCUCACAAUUACCUGUGAACCAAUUUUUAAGCUACUAAGAAAGAAUCAGCCAGUGGUGUGGAAUGAGCAAUGUCAAGAGGCGUUUGAAAAGAUAAAGCAGUACCUAAGCAAUCCACCAAUUUUGUCACCACCCAUCCCUAGCAUCCCUCUAAUCCUCUACCUAUCAGUGGAAAACAUGGCCCUAGGGACAAUGUUAGCACAAGAAGUAGAGAAUCUAGAGAGAGCCAUCUAUUACAUCAGUAAGAAACUCCUUGCUUAUGAGGAGAAUUAUUCACUAAUAGAAAGAACCUGUCUGGCUAUAGUAUGGGCAACUAAGAAGUUAAGGCACUACUUUCAGACCCAUCAAGUUAUUGUAGUAUCCCGGAUGGAUCCUUUAAAGUACCUAUUUGAAGUACCGACGCUAGUUGGAAAAUUGGCCAAAUGGUUGGUCCUACUAUAUGAAUUUGAUAUUGUGUAUGAGACUCGAAAAACCAUCAAAGGGCGUGUAGUGGCCAAAUUUCUUUCUGAAAAUCCAGUUAAUGAAGAGGAAGAAGUCGAAACAGCCUUCCCGGAUGAGAGUUUCAAGCUAGUAGAGGUCCAGCCAUGGAAAAUGUGCUUUGAUGGGGCCAUGAAUAAGAGCAGAGCCGGUAUAGGGGUAGUUUUGGAAGCACCAAAUGGAGAACAAUUGUUAAUGUCAAAAAGGCUAUGUUUCCCAGCCACUAAUAAUAUUACAAAAUAUGAGGCUUGCAUUUGUGGCCUAGAGGCAUUAAUAGCUGUUGGGGCUAAAAAAGUAGAGGUGUUCGGAAAUUCAAUGCUAGUGGUUUCCCAUGUUAAAGUGACAAUGAAGCACAUGCCUAGAGCUCAGAACCAGAUGGCUAAUGCUCUAGCCAUGCUGGCAUCCUUAUGGGAGAAGGGUGAUCAGAAUCUGACCCAGCCAAUUAUCUUGAUGAGGAGUAGAAUCCCAUGCUAUGAAGGGUUAAUAAUAGCACAUUUAGAUCUAGAAGAUGAGAUGAAAUGGUAUGAGGACAUAAGAAAAUAUUUAGAGGUAAAAGAAUACUCACAGUCAACCAAUAGUAGGGAUAGAGCUACAAUUCAUAGAUUAGCCACUCAGUUCACUUUGGCUGGGGGGCAACUCUACAAAAGGUUCUUCGAAGGACUAUUGCUCUUAUGUGUGACAAAAAAGCAGUCUGAGAAGAUAAUGGAGGAAGUACAUGCAGGAGUGUGUGGUCAUCAUAUGAACGGAGGGCAUUAG